AUGGCGGCGCCGGAGGCGGCGGCGGGUAUAUGGCGCGAGGAGGAGAAGGACUUUAUUGCAAAGGGCACAAUACCGCUGAUGGCGGUGAUUCAGCCGAACAAAGACAAAGUGCGCCCGGUCAUGGACUUCAGAGAGCUGAAUGAGUAUUUGGACUCGCAUACGGCUGCCGCAGACGUGUGUAGCGAGAAAAUUCGCGAGUGGCGCCGGUUCGGACGGAACGUGUCGCUUCUGGAUCUCAAAGACGCCUACCUGCAGGUGCAUAGGCGUGUCACCGCUGUGUCCAGUGGAUGGGAUGACGAGGUCACUGACCCGGAGCUCUGUGCAAUGGUCAUUGAGAUGGUGGAGCGUGUGAACACAUCUGACCCCGUGCGGGGCCGGUGGGAUGUCUCUGGAGACGGCGGAGGUGUGGUGUGGGUCGAUGCCAGCUCCCUCGCCAUCGGGGCCGUGCUGGAGAUCAACGACUGCGUCGUUGAAGACGCCUGCUGGCUGCGGAAGAGCUCGGACACCCACAUCAAUCUCGCAGAGCUAGAUGCUGUGAUUCGAGGGCUCAAUCUGGCACUGUCCUGGAAUUUGAAGAAUGUGACGAUCAUGACCGACUCGCGAACCGUCUAUCACUGGCUGUCCGACGUCCUGUCUGGCAGAGCCCGUGUAAAAACCAAGGCAGCGAGCGAGAUGCUAAUUCGGAGGCGUCUUGAGACAGUGAAGAAGCUGGGUGAAGAAUAUGCCAUGCAACUCUGCGUGAAAUUCGUCCCAUCGGCUGAGAACCGGGCCGACGCGCUCACGAGAGUGCCAAAAAAGUGGCUGACCCCGCAGGGCGCGUCGAUGGUGUGCAGUGCCGUCGUCACAGAGCCCGACAUCGCACGGAUUCACCACACCAGCGGCCAUCCUGGCAUCACACGAACCCUGAGACUAUGCAGGAGGCAGAGCUCUGACGUCACCAGAGCUCAGGUGCGUGCCGUGAUCCGCCAGUGUCAGGCGUGCCAAUCGGUCGACCCUGCGCCGCAGCGCUGGGUGCGCGGCACGCUAGGGGUGAACGAGUGCUGGGAAAGAGUGAGCAUGGACGUCUGCCACGCCGACAAUCAACUCUACCUGACCCUAGUGGAUUGUGGGCCGUCUCGCUACGCGAUCUGGAGGCGCCUAAAGCGACAGGACGCUGAGAGUGUCAUCGCGCAGCUCGAGUCAAUCUUCCUGGAGCGAGGCGCUCCCACUGAGCUGCUGACGGAUAACUAUCCAUCGUUUCGAAGUGCCGUGUUCAAUGAGUUCGUCAGUCGCGUCACCGACCAGCACACGCUCCGACUCCACUGUCCCAGCCACCCACCACCCGGCCCGGCCACCAAACACCCGCUCCCCUCGCCUCUCCAGCGGCCACUGCCGGCCGCCCGACCCGACACAGCCUCAGGGCACGGCUCGGAGCGCAGCAGGGGCGGCGUCAUCAAACCAACGGUACAGCAACCCGCGUAA